AUGUGGGGGCCCAGCUCCCAGGCGUCCGUCUACUCAUCGACUCAGCUGCCACCACCUCCCUCUGGCCAAUCAUUGAGCCAGCCUUCACCACACCAGGUGCCUGCUUCCAACAUCGUCAACAGUACAGUAUACGAACUCAUGCACCUGCCUAAGCAGAUUGCAGGCCCAAACUACAAGGAAUUCGGGCCAACUCUGCCUAUACUGUAUGUAGCAAAUGACCUCCCGACAUUCACUGGUCCAGAGGAACUCCACACUAUUUUAGCUUCAGCUACUACUACCACUUCAGCUUCUGGCAUCACCGUCGCUCCAGCGGCACUCGCUGAUCUCUUGUGUACUGCCUCACAACCACAGCAAUCGACUUCUGACCAAUUGCCUCUUGAAUCUACUGCUUUUUCUUCUGCACCUGAUGAAUCUGUUCCAGAUCCUCCAGCUACGCCUGAGUCCGGAACGUGCAGUCAGUCAUCUGAUGACGACCCAGUUGAUGUCGUCAACUCCUCUUAUGCAUCUUCACCUCAAGCAUCUGCUCACUAUCCCGAACUGCCUAUCCUCUCUCCAUAUCCACCAGUUCCUGUUGACUCUGAAGCAAUGGACUCUAUUACUCUUUCUUCCAUCAAAGAAUUCUACAGUCGUGCGCCAAACGAACCUUAG